ACAGAUAUUGACAUAUAAAUAUUUAUUUCGGCUCAUAUACCUAUCACGGUUUAUAUACAGAUGUUUUAUAAAAAAUUGACAUUCAUGUCAAACUGUGCUGUCUGGAAUUACUUCGGAAACGAAACGAAUGUGUUAAUUUUUUUCAUACAUGUGAACAAAAUUUAAAUGAUCUAUGGAGGAUAGCCUCGAGGGAUGAAUUGUGUUUGAAACAAUGCAUAAACUUAAAUGCUUUGUUUUUGAACAUAGUUUUGCAUCAAUAUGUAAUGACAAGGCCCACCUGACUUAAGGACGCACCAACAAUUCAAACAGCCAUGUCAGGAAGAAAGAAAAAUGGGCAGAUAACUCCAAUAGAGAAAAUGGAGAUGCAGGAAGUGUGUGCAUAUAGGCCCAAGUCAGGCAGCAUGGUCUCAAGCAUUCCGUGCUGCAGAACACUCCAUGACAAAUUUUGUUUUAAACUGGUUGUGUUCUUGGCCGUAUUUGUUCUCGAUGCCGUGGAUCUUGUCAGUGAUUGGCUACUUUAUGCAGAUGUCGCUGGUGCCGAGGAAGGGCUGGUUUACGGACCACCGGAGGAUGUGAUACGCUACCUGCUACUCACAUUCUCAAUAAUCGGUUCAUUAACAUUCACUUUUGAAAUCAUAAAUUUAUGGUGGGAAAUUUUCCGCGAUGAUCCUUGGAUCGACGUUGACCUACUUUCAGCCAUUACUGUCUGGAUAGAGGACGUCCCCCAAAUAACAAUCAACGUUGUCAUCGUAGCUUGUCGUGAAGAGGCAAUAAGUUAUUUUCAGCUUGUAAAGGCGUCUGUGAUAAUAAUAGGUGCGGUCAUCAGGAUAAUUGUCUCUUUAGUACGGUAUUGCGGUAAAAAGGCUCGGCAUGACCUUCAGUGUGCCCGUGUCAAUCCUGAAUCGAGGCGGCACGUUGUUUAUAGAGUAUUUAUUAUGAUAGCUCUCAUACUAACACUAGGAGGCGCUAUAACUAUCUUUAUGUUUACACAGUCUGAACGAAAUCCCGAUGGAAGUUUGAAUUUCAAAAUCCCUCACAGUGUGGUCGAGGGCGAGUAUGAUGAUCAGAAAUAUUUCCAGGAUGUAAACAUCUUCUUUGCUCACGAGCUUUUUGACUGGGACUCAACUUCAGUCACUUCUGCCGAACAGUUAAACCUUGUCCGAUUGUUCAAAAUCAAUGAUAUAAAAAAUGAAAAGAUUGACAGAACAAUCAAAAUACAAUAUGACACGGCAACUGGUCCGACGAAAGUAGUAAUAUGGGAAAGUGACGUAAGUGGCUCUAUGCAAGUCAAGGAAUGCUUCACAAUGGAUCGGAGCGGUAAAACAAUUACCAUCGGAACAAACUGUGCGACGUACAUUUCUGCUCCAUUUAACCAAUAUGUGCUGAAAUUCCACUAUAUCAAACCGUCGGUCCCAAGUCUUAUAUUUGGUGACAUUAAAUAUAACAUCAAAGUCCAAUACAGCUCUUCUACAAAUUGUGAAACCCCCAACUUUGUCAUCAAUAACAACCUCAAGGACAGAUCCAAAAACAGUAAAGUUGCCGCCCUUCAUUACUUCAGGGUAGGAAAAGGUACUAACCAGACAAAUCAUGUGAUCCAAUCCGGUGCAAAUCCGGUGGAAUUUUACCAUUCCAAGAGUCUUGAAGAUAUCAUCGAUGUAUGGAAGACUGGUUUUGCUUACUGCAAGAGUACCGGAAGUCAAGCGCCACAUCUGGACACUUCUAUAGCAGUAUUGUGUAAUUAACUCCUCAACUUUAAUCAUUCCUUAAUCAUAAUAAUUGGAUUGAUUGAUUUUUUAACUGAUUGAUUGAAUGAUUGAUUGAUUGACUGUUUGAUUGAUUGAUUGAUUAAUAAAAUCAUAUUCUUUUGAACAUUAUCAUUAAUUUUAUGAAAAAAUUUAUUUCAAGUUACCUUGAAUAUUUUUAUAGCAGUUACAGCACUUUUUAAGUCAUAAUUUUAUUAAUUAAUUUAUUUUUUUAAUCAAUUGUAAAUAUUUUAUUCAACUAUCCAAGCAGUAUCUUUUGAGAUAAUUUUUUACAUUUUCAUUGUACAUGUAUAAUGUAUGACAUAUAAACUAGUGCUGUUGUCAUAGAAAAAUCGCCUAUCAUUCAAUACUUUUCCGAUACUGACAUAGGAACUUUAAGACAAACAUUCUAUUAAUAUAUUUUUACUUAUGAAAUUGGCAUGUGUAAGACAAUUUCAUGAGUAUAAGUGCUAUUCUCAUUACUUUUAUUGUCAGAGCAACUUGUUUUCAUUAGUAUAAGUGCUAUUUUGAUUACCUUUAUCACCAUGGCAACUUCUCAUUUUCAUGAGUAUAUGUGCUUUUUUAAUUACAUGUACCUUUAUGAAUAUCAUCAUGGCAACUUCUUAUUUUCUUGAGUAUAAAUGCUAUUUUAAUUACUUUUAUUAUCAUGGCAACUUCUCAUUUUCAUGAGUAUAAGUUUUAUUUUAAUUACUUUUAUCACCAUGACAACUUCUUAUUUUCAUGAGUAUAUGUGCUAUUUUUUAUUACUUUUAUCACCAUGGCAACUUCUCAUUUUCAUGAGUAUACAUGUAAGUGCUAUUUAAAUUACUUUUAUCAUCAUGGCAACUUCACAUUUGCAUGAACUUAAGUGUUAUUUUAAUUAUUUUUAUCACCAUGGCAACUUUUCGAUUUCAUGAGUAUAAGUGCUAAUUUUAUUACUUUUAACACACAAUGGAAACUUUUUGUUUUCUGUACAAUGGCAAGUUCAUGAAAUAAUUCUUUUCUCUUUUUUGAAAUGGCAUGUUCCUUAGAACUAAUACCUUUCUAUUUCAAAUGGUUAGAUUACAUAAGUUAUUACUCAUUCCUAUACAUUGUAAUGAUAAUCAUUCCCAUUUCAUCUUUAAAAUAGCAAGAUCUUCAGAGAAAUUCUCAUUUUCAUUACAAUGGCGCAUUUAUCUGAGCUAUUCCCAUUUCAUUAAAAUGGCAGUUUUAUGUGAGCUGCUCUCCAUUGAUUACAAGGGCAAGAUUUAAUGAGAGCUUUUCUCUUUUACAUAACAAUGGCAAGUUUAUGAGAGGUAUUCUCAUAUUUUUUACAAUGGCAAGUUUAUGAGAGGUAUUCUCAUUUUUUUUACAAUGGCAAGUAUAUGAGAGGUAUUCUCAUUUUUUUUUACAAUGGCAAGUAUAUGAGAGGUAUUCUCAUUUUUUACAAUGGCAAGUUUAUGAGAGGUAUUCUUAUUUUUUUUUAACAAUUGCAAGUUUAUGAGAGCUAUUCUCAUUUCUUACAAUGGCAAGUUUAUAAUAUAUAUUCUCAUUUUUUUACAAUCACACAAUCACAAGUUUAUGGGAGCUACUCUCAAUUUUUUACAAUGGCAAGUUUAUGAGAGCUACUCUCAUUAUUUUACAAUGGCAAGUGAAUGAGAGAUACUGUAAUAUUUUGACUAUGGCAAGUUUAUGAGAGCUACUCUCAUUAUUUUACAAUGGCAAGUGAAUGAGAGAUACUGUAAUAUUUUUUCAAUGGCCAGUUAAUAAGAGGUACUCUAAAUAAUUUACAAUGUCAAGUUUAUGAAAGCCACUCUCUUUUUAUGGAAAGUUUAUGAAAGCUACAUGCACUUUCAUUAUCUUUACACCAAAAAGUUUAUGAGGGCUACAUUCAUUUUCUUAACAAUGGCAAGUUUAUGAGAGCUACUUUCAUUUCCUUAGAAUGGAAAGUUUAUGAUAGCUACCGGUACUUUUAUUCUUUACAAUUUAAAAAAUUAUGCGAGCUACUAAAUUAUAAUUUUAUGAAAGCUACAUUUACUUUCAUUUGUUUACCAUGACAAGUUAAUGAGGACUACAUUUAUUUUCUUUACAGUGGCGAGUUCAUGAGAAUUAUUCUCAAAAUGGCUAUAGUAGUUCAUGAAAACCAUUUGUGAUAUUUCAUUACAAUUGCAGUCAAUCAUAGAAGCAUAAUAAAACUACUUCAAUUA